AGAAAAAGCUAAAUAAAUAAAGAUAGAGAAAACAAACUUGCAGACUACGAAACAUCGAACUAGGAUCUCUCCCAAAUCACACUCAGAAUUUCCCCCAUUUUGAUGAAAGGGAAACGGGACAAGGGAAAUUCAUCAUUCCCCCCUUCAAUUUUUCUUUAUCAUCCAGGGACACCAACCCUGACUCCGUUUGAUGCGGCUCCGAUGGUCGCCGCCGGCGCCUCAGCCGCCCCCACCGCCGCGGUCAACCCGUGAGUGCUCGCCCCCCCUCGCCUAGGGUUCGAUCCGCGCGCCAGAAUGUCACGCCCCCCAAUCCAUUCCCCGUCCCCAAUUUCCGUUCGCUCGAUUUGCUCUCGGUGCAUCUGAUUCUGCCCCCCAUCCGCGGAAAUGGAUUGGGCGCAGCAGCGGGGCGUGAGCUUGCCGGCGCCGCGAUCCGAGCUCCAACCCCCGCGGAUGCAGUACCAGCACGGCGGCAGCCGCAGCCGCAUGCCGCCGUUCGCGCACGGCGGCGGCGCCUACGGGCGCGGCCCGAAGCAGUUCUACCCGCCGCCGCCGCCGCCUCCUCCCGUCCCGGCGGUCGCGCUACCUCCGCCUCCGCCGCUGAACAAGUAUGAAGUGCUCUUGGAGGCCGGCCGCCUCGCCGCCGAGUACCUGGUGGCGAAGGGCGUGCUCCCGCCGGGCUCCCUGCAGCAGCGCAGCAGCGCAGUCAGUGCCGGGGGAUGGGGCCAGCUGCCUCCUCCUCCUCCUCCUCCUCCGCUGCCGGCGGGGCAGGAAGCCCCGACGUACUACAACGCCAGGAGUGGUCGGCGGCAGGUUGAUGAUGAGUGUGGUACUCGUAACGCCCGCUCGCGGCGGCACCGUGGUGGCGAUUACAGUAGCAGCAACAGCAGCAACUACAAUGGAAGGUGGAAGAGGAAGUUUGGGGCUGACAAUAGGUAUUCGGAUUCGGGGAGGGAUAGGGGCAGGAGCAGGGGAUAUUUGGAUACCCGGAGUUAUUACGAGGACGAUGAGGAUGGGGCUCCAGGGUUCAAACGCGAGCGGCGAAGCAGCGGUGGGAUCGAUGAGGUUGGGAGUAGCGUGUCAGGUGUGGCUGGGGAGGGACCAUCAUCGAAACAGGCGAUGGGGGAGUCAGAGCUGGAGGAUACUGGAUCAAAAGCUAGUUCUAGCAGCAAUUUUCGGCAGAAAGCUGAUGCUCCGCAUGAGGUGGAGGAUGAGAAUGAGGCAAAUAAAAUGCAGGAGGACAGUGUGGUGUCUAAUUCAGAGGUAGUGGAACAAACGUUGAAUUGUGAGGGUAAUGGCAACAAUGAUUCUUCUGGUGUUGUUAAAGAGGCCGAGACAAAACAUUUGCCAGUACCCUCAGCCUCAGGUGAAAAAGUCUCAGAUGGGAGGCCUGAAGAUAGUGGUAUUCUGAGUGAGAAGGUUGAAGAUGAUAAGCCUUUGCACGAGAAGGCUGAAGAUGAUACGACGUCAGAUGAUGUCUCCAUUAUGGAGAACAAUUUACCUAAUGAUCCAAGAAAUUUACUAAACUAUUGUAGUUUUGCAAGAGUUCCAACAAGACCGCGAUCAGUGCUUGCAAACAGGAAUGCACGACCAGCCCAAAGAGAAUUUCCUGUGUCUGGAGAGGUCAGUCUGGUUACCGCUGAAGGAAUGUCCCAGAUGACAAUGGAUGGAGAAGCUAACACCGACUCCACGACCAGUAUCCAAGAAGACAGCAAAGAUGAGGUGGUCAGACAAGAACAUGCUGAACAAAGCACUACCUGCAAUCAUGUGGCAGAAUCAGUGACAUUUGACGAAAAGGAAACACAAGAAGAGAUGAAAGAACAGAAUAGAACUCCUCAACACUAUGGGGUCGAGGAUAAUAAGGAGCCCAGUGAACUGUCUCCUUCAUUUGCUUCUCACCAGAAUAGCUUGAGUUUGCAAGUUGAGAAAGGAAUACAAAUUUACAAUUUAGAUACACCACCACAGGAUGAAGUGUUGAUUGAUCCACCCGAUAAAGAAAAAACAGUUGAUUCGGAGUUAUUAUCUAAUAUCAAAGCAGAAGCUGCAGUCACAAUGGAAGAGGAAAAGCUUGGGCAGUCUAGCUCAUUUAAAAUACGUGAUCUCAACCUUGUUGGUAGUCCAGAGGUUGCUGACAUGCGAGCUGAUGCUCGUUUAGGCCAAAGCUCCACUGCUGGUUGUUCAGUGGAGCUGCAAGAUAAUCCGCAAGUUGACUUUGGAACAACUCUCGGUAACAAUUCUGGUAAUACCGACACGUUUCCUUUGGGAAAUAAGGCGGUUCAAGUUAUCGAUAUAGAAGAUGACUCACCAAUUGAAGCUGGUGUUUGUGACACUUCAAAAGCAAAAGAUGAGAUGGUAUAUUCUAGCAUGGAGAAUAUGGCGAACCCACCCACGAACACAGAUGCCCUUCAUGGUAUCCAAGAUGGUUAUAAUCUUGCGAUUUCAGAUUACCUUGGUGCUGAUAUGCCAUGCUACCAAUCAAUACAAACAGACCUUCAAGAUGGGAUGGACCUAAAUGGUUCAGAGGGCAUAACUGUCAUGGAUGAUCCAAUAUAUAGUUCUCUUGGCGACAUAGGUUUUAUGGAGGUUUGGGACCAGCAACCUCAAGAUUACGAGAAGUUCUUCUGAGGAAUGAACUCGUGUUGCUGAAACUGUCGCAGAGUUUGACAGUUAAAUACGAGUUCCACAACACUUGCAUAGACAUAAAUAAAGCAGCAGAUUGUGCCUAACACAUAGAAUCCCAUAUGUCUGUGCGGCAGCAGCAUGUCAAUGCAUAUUCCGGGCCAUAUUGGCACUUUCGUGGUACCAGAGAGUCUGCGUCAGAGUGGAGUAGAGACGUUCAGUUGCCCUGGCUACCCUGAUGUAAAGAGUUGUUGCUGCAUAGCUGUCUGUCAUGUAAUUCAAGGGAAUUGAAGCCAAGCCCAAUAUUUCUCCCAAACAAUUCGUCAUCUGUAAACAGUUCGAUAUUCUGCAAAAUAAAUGGAUUAUUUGUUGUAUCUGCAUUCUUUUCUAGUGAUGUAAGCUGGAUGUGCCUUGUUUGGCAACGUAUCAAAAGUAAGGCAAAUAUUCUUCAA